AUGUGGGGGCCGACUGAUUACAUUACGUUUCUCAUAUUGACACCUUUCCUUCUCGUUACACUCUCUGUGCUGAUUGCCCUUUUGCUUAUAUGGUUAUUCUUUAAGAACCAUGCCAGAAGUAUCCAGCGCUUCGUCCUUAAAAACGUGUUCAGCGACAUUUUCAAAGAGGAGCAGAAGGCUGAUGGUUCCGGAGAGACAGUGUUUCUGUUAAAAGGCAUUGAUUUAGCGGCCGAUAAAGAAACCUUGUCAAAGACUUUAAACGGGUUUUCGUUGUCGCUUGUUAUGUUAGCCUAUGUUGUGGGGACCAUGUUUUGGCAGCUUCUUCUGCUCGAGGUGAGCCAUAGCUGCGAUGAAAACGACACAACAAGGGUUUGCUUCGCACGCAUCGCAGGAAAAGUUGGGCCACACGAUUCUGUGAACUGCAGUAGUCCUGCCGUUCAGAAUGGGACCAUCCCGGUUGUCUGCUACAAACUUGUUGUCGAUUUUGGAGUGGCCACAGGUGCAAGCUAUGGAGCAUUCAAGCUUUUCUUGUUUGCCUUUAAUGUGGUCACUAGUGGAAUUCUUAUGGUUAAAACAACAAGAGUUCUGAAAGGAAUACAAUGGAGCACAAUGAUUGUGUUGAUACUAGUGAGCGUUUUGAUGCUUCUAAUAGCUUCAAACGUCAUCCAUGUAAGUAUUGACUUUAAGUCGGACAUCUGGGUCUUGAGCAUACAGAUAAUACUUGUUGUGUCAUCUACCAGCUUUCUCGUGUUAUACCUUCCUUGGAAGGAACUCAUCAGACCAAAUCCAAAUGAAAAUAACGACGGAGGAGAGCAGGACAUUGCAGAAAUUUCACCAAUAUUGUCUUGA